AUGUCGCUGUUAUUUCCCACUGUUAUUUUGGACCCUUUUGAAAAGUACCGUCCGUUCCCUGAGAAUCCAACAAAUCUCAUUGAAGCACACUGGCACGAAAUUGCUGCAUCGUUUGCAUUUUAUUUUGUUGUGCAGAACUUUACUAGACCAGUAGCUAAAGCAUUUAUGAAGGACAAGUACACGCUGCUUUCCAAAGGAGUUCAGGCAGACUUUGAUGUUCACGUCACUUCAAUGGUACAAUGUGUUGUUUCCAUUGUGUUACUAGUGAUACAUUUAGGAAACCCUCAUUUCCAAAAUAGACUUAAUGACCCAGUGGGUUCCCUCUUGGGUACAACUCCGUUUGGCGCAAUGACCUGUGCUGUGACCACUGGUUAUUUUAUUUGGGAUCUUUACGUUUGUCUUCGCUACUAUUCGAUCUUUGGACCAGGUUUCCUUUUCCACGCAAUUGCUGCAAUGUUUGCAUUUGCUUGUGGAUUUAUCCCAUAUUGCCAACCAUGGGCAGGUGCAUUCUUGACUUUUGAGUUGAGUACCCCCUUUGUAAACCUCAACUGGUUUGCAUCGCAUCUUCCAGCUGGCACGUUCAGUGAAAAGUUUAUCGUCAUCAAUGGUUUGUCGUUGAUCAUUGUGUUUUUCUUUGUGAGAAUUGUAUGGGGUCUUUACGCUAUCAGCCAAAUGGCAGUAGACAUGUUGUCGUCAUUAGAUCAAGUCAAUAAACUUGUCCCUUUGGUGAUUUUAUCUACUAACUCGCUUUUGAAUGUUUUGAACGUGUACUGGUUUUACAAAAUGAUAAGAAUUGCAAAGAAAAAAGCUAGAGGUGUCAAGUCAACAAGGCAAGCUGCUAAAGAGGCAGAAAAGAUAGAGUAA